AUGAUGUUCGCUGCGAGCGUCGCGGCAGAUGAAGGAGAUGACUUCGUCAACAAUCUGUUCUCGGACCUAGCACCAUUGCUCGCAUUAUUUGGAGAGAGGGUCACCAUGCAAUUCAUGAGUCAAUCACUCGGCUGGGCUGAUAAUAUUGCCUUAGCUAUGGUGCCUCUCGGAAUUAUCACUAUCAUAAUCAGCGCUAUCAGAGUCGGAGGACCCGGUUUCCUCAAGGCCCUUAUUGGCAGAGCUAGAGAGAAUCUUGCUGUGGCUGAGCAAGAGCUAAUGUCAUCUACGUCGACAGAGGUCUGUGAGCUCUGGAAUGGUCAUGAGGUAGUGAGAUGUAUGGGCUCGGCUCCAAUUGCAGAGUUCAUUUGCUUGCUGCCGGAGUCUGGGGUCACUAAAGAGACAAUGGUGACGGCGAUGCCAUUCGAGGAGGUCAAGAAUAACUACUUUCGAAGUGAGUAA